GCUGCCUCUCCCUCGGACCCGGGCUGCUCCUCCUCUCUCAGCUCCUGCUCGGAUCUCAGCCCCGACGAGUCCCCUGUCUCCGUCUACUCGCGGGAACUCCCUGGCGACGGGGAUGCCCCCCCCCAGCCCGGCAUCAUCCCCCUGGAGCAGGGCUCCCCGCUGGCGUCCGCAGGCCCUGGCAGCUGCUCCCCGGACAGCUUCUGCUGCUCCCCGGACUCCUGCUCCGAAGCCUCCUCCUCGCGCAGCCCGGGCCUGGACUCGAACUGCAACGCGCUGACCACCUGCCCGGAGGACCUCCCUUCCCCGGGCCUGGAGGAAGAGGACGAGAGCGGGGAGCAGGAUCUCCCUGCCUCUGAGCUCCUAGAGGCGGAUGACGGGAAAAUCGGCGCCGGGAAGACGGAGCCCAGUUGGAAAAUUAAUCCCCUUUGGAAAAUUGACACAGAAAAAACCGAAGCUGGAUGGAAAAUCACUGAGAACAAUAACUCUGGCUGGAAAAUCACCGGAAACACUAACUCCAGCUGGAAAACUGAGCCUGGAACACUCGACUCUGGCCGGAAAGCCGGUGCUGGCUCGAAAACAGACGCGGGGAAAGCUGGUGGGGGACGGAGGGGUGACGUCAGCGAGGAGCCGGCGCCCCACCGGACAAUCACGUCCUUCCACGAGCUGGCCCAGAAGCGCAAGCGGGGCCCGGGGCUGCCCCUCGUGCCGCAGGCCAAGAAGGACCGCAGCGACUGGCUCAUCGUCUUCUCGCCCGAC